AUGUUCCUACAAUCCAUUUGGGGUUUCCCUGCAUCGCACGCCCAUACCCUGAACAGACCUGCCUCCUCACCGCCGACGGCUAGCAUACUCAACGGCAUUAUUUUGGGAACCACGACUCGAGUGCCAACAGCUCCAACCCCCGUGGUAAAUCAGUACCUCGGUGUUCCUUUUGCAAAGUCUCCACCAGAACGGUUCUUACCCCCCGAGGAUCCUGAGCCAUGGACCUCCAUUUGGAAUGCUACCUAUUACCGUCCUUCAUGUAUCCAGCACUUUGCGAAUGAUGUCUUCAGAAAGAUUUUCAACAGCGACCAACCUCCUGAGAGUGAGGACUGCCUCCACCUCAACAUUUUUACUCCUUCAACUGCAACCGAAUGCGGAAGACCAGUGAUGGUCUGGAUACAUGGAGGAAGCUUCCAGUUAGGGUCUGCUCGUCUCUCUGAAUAUGAUGGCUCAUUCUUGGCCGCCAAACACGGCGUCGUCGUCGUUACAAUGAACUACCGAACAAAUGUGUUCGGCUUUCCUGCCUCGCCCGAAAUCCCUCUCCAUCAGCGCAAUCUCGGAUUUAUGGACCAACGCAAAGCAUUGGCAUGGGUCAGCCGGAACAUUGGAGCUUUCGGUGGAGAUCCAUCCAAAGUGACCAUAUUUGGCGAAUCCGUAGGUGGGUAUUCCGUAAAGCAGCUGCUAAUUAACCCUCCACGGCCCUUGCCGUUCCGGGCUGCCAUUAUCCAGAGCCAGGCAUUUGGACCUGCUGGCGGCGGAGAGGCGUCGUGGGCGACUUUGGUAAAAGAGCUAGAAUGCAACGCCACUACGGCAGCACAGCAACUCGCCUGCGUCUUGGAUGCGCCCGCUGAAGCCAUCAGAAACAUCCUAGACUAUCGAGGGCUUAGCUUUACUCCGGUCGUUGACAACAUUACCAACGGUCCUUUUCUCAACGAUGCUUUCUAUCAAGGGUCGAUAGCCGAAGUGCCUAUCCUCAUUGGGACGAACGCAGACGAAGGCACAGUGUUGACGUCGGUAAUGCCGCCCCCCGAGCAGAUGCUUGGCGCUAUUUUCGGCAACAACACUGCUUCCAAAGAGCUCGCGCGAUUACAUUAUCCCUCGAAUGCAACAGUGGCAGAGCUGCAAUCACGUAUUCUCACCGACUACUCGUAUACUUGUACCACCUCCGCCAUCGCUGAAUUACUUGCUCAUGGGUAUCAGAACGUGUGGCGGUAUUUUUUCAAUGCAACCUUUCCGAACAAUGCGCCCUUUAAAGGGGCUGGAGCAUGGCACACUUCGGAAAUACCACUUGUUUUCGGUACCUAUCGAGUGGAUAACGAAACCACGGCUGCGCAAGUCAGGCUCAGUGAUUCUAUGCAGAGUGCUUGGGCGGGUUUUGCUAAGCAUCCAGAAGAUGGGCCUGGUUGGCCAAUGGUUGGAUCACAAGAUAAGGACCUCCAGCUCUUCGAUACGAAUUAUGCUGUUCGAGGUAGAACGAUUGACAGGAACUUAGUAGACACCGCCUGCUCCUACUAUGAUGUCUCCGUUCAACUCAAUGGCCUCUAG